AUGGCCGAACAAGCUGCAACCCAUCACUCGACGCAGGUGAGAAUUCAUCUCAAGUCUAAGGAUGGAGCGAUCGAAUUGCCGCAGGAGACGGGCCCGAUCUUGGUAUCUACCGAUCUCAAGCGAUAUCAGCUCUCCACCCUGGUCAACCGCCUGCUAGAGACGGAAAGGCCGAUUCCAUUGGAGUUCCUGAUCAAUGGCCAAUUUCUUCGCACCUCUCUCGAUGAAUUUCUCACUCAAAAUGGAAUCUCGGCGGAAACAACACUCAACAUUGAGUAUGUCAAGGCCCUGGUACCUCCGCUUCACAUCGCCUCGUAUGAGCAGGACGACUGGAUAUCAACCGUCGACAUCCUCUCAUCUUCCUCCAAGGCCGCAAAAUGGACGAAAUCAUCCUCUCCCAUCCAGUCCAGACUUUUGUCGGGCUCUUUUGAUGGAUCUCUCAGGAUCUGGAACACCAGCCAAGAAGUCAUAGCGACGGGAAACUGGCAUAGAGGGUCGAUCCAUACCGCCAGAUUCCUCUCGCCAACACAAGUCGUAUCUGCCGGAACUGACAAAUCGGUGCACAUUUGGGACUACACUGAUGGCCUCACCGAAGGCUCCGGAACCCUCAAGCCUAAACUUGAGCUGAUAGGCCACAAAUCACUCAUCGACAACCUCGCCGUCCAUGCGCCCUCCUCUCGAAUCCUCACGGCAUCCGCCGACCAUACCGUGGGUCUCUGGUCCACGAAGAAGAGUGAAGCGCCACCUGCUCCAGAAAUCGCCGCACCAACCAGCACAAACAAGCGCCGCAAGAUUUCCACCUCUAGUAUUGAGACCGCCACUCGUGGUCCUCUUUCACUCCUGAAAUCUCACACUCAAGACGUGCGCGCUGUGACCUUUGACGAGAAAGAUGCCACAGUAGCGUAUUCAGCUUCGUUAGAUCACAGCGUCAAGACCUGGGACCUCACGACUUCUCGCUGUGUAGACACGAAGACGACGAACCAAUCUCUCAUGGCCAUCUGUCAUCUCCCUUCCCAUUCCCUCAUCGCCACGGGAGGUGCUCUAAGAUAUAUCGAUCUCGUGGAUCUCCGUGCUUCGGCGACGAAAGUCUCCGCUUUGCAAUGCUUGGGACACACAAACUGGAUUCGGUCGAUCGCCAGAAAUCCUACCAAUGAAUAUCAAUUCGUUUCCGGGAGCGACGACAGCACGUGUAGGAUCUGGGACAUUCGAUCCACGACACAGGAGGCGGGAGGUGGGCAGGUGGCAAAGGCGGUGUAUGUUGUUGAGAGAGUAAGUGUGGAGGGUAAGAAGCAGGAGCAAGGAGGUGAGAGCACGGUGUAUGGAGUUGAGUGGGAUGAGGAGGUGGGGAUUGUCAGUGGAGGCAAAGACAAGCGGGUGCAGGUAAAUCGGAGUCCCGGAGUCUGA